AAAACUUAGUGGAACUAGAAGACAAUCAGCAUUUGAAAGAUAAUAUUAAAAAGUUUAACCAGCAAUUGCUAAGUUUCGCCCAGCUAAUUUAUCGCUACGAUCAGGAACUGUACUCGGAUCUUAAUUUACACGAGGCGGAACUGGCCAAAAACGAAGAAUUGUUGAAUAGAAAUGAAGAGAUGAUGGAGGAAAAGUCUAACAAAUAUAAAAUAAAUCAGAUAGCCCUGACACAAAAGCUAGAGGAUUUAGAAAAAGAAGAAAUAGAAGUCGGUAGGGAAAAGGAAUUGGAAUCCAAAACGUUAGCUGUGGAAAAUGAAGAACUAGAAGCGGAAAUAAAAAUAUUAAUGCAGGAAAUAGAACGUCAGGAACACUGCGUUAAAAGUGAAUCGGCAGUUUUGGAUUACGAAGAAAAGAUAUUACAACAAAAGAUAGAAGAUUUACAAGAACAUAUUAUGUGCCGUAAAAACGAAAAAGAAGAAUUUUUGGAAUCACUAGCGGAAGCAAAACAACUUAAAACGAAAUUGGAAAGUGAAAGUGAAGCUACUGUGUUAGAUUUGGACCGGCAGAUUAGUGAAUGUGAAAUUGAAAUUAAUGAGAGUACAACAAUCAUUGAUACAUGUCAACUAAAUAUCGAUGUAAUAUCCAGGAAAAUUGAAGUAGUCGAGGAAGAAAUUAAAAAUAAAGAGAAGGAAUGUAGUGAUUACACGAGUGAAAUGAACAGUACAAAAAUUAAUUUAACAGAUUUGGAGGACGAAUAUAAUAAAAACUUAAUUUGCAGAAAAGAGUUGUUUUUGGAAAUCAAAGAAAAAUGCAAACAGCAGGAGGAUGCUAGACAGCAAAUAGAGACAGAGACUAGUGCGCUUAAAAACAAAAUCGAGGUCCAACAAGAAUCCAUACAAGAAAUUUUGAAAUUCCUCGCCGGACAUAAAACGGACCCAAAUUUAAGCUCGGAAUUAAAAGAAAAGGAAGAAACAAAAGAAGAACUCAAAACGAGUCAUCGGCAGUUGAAACAGGACUACGAUAAGCGAACGUCGGAACUCGAAGACAAAUUAAAGCGAGGCCACGAGGAAAUCGAGACUAGAGAACGGACGAAUAAAAAACUACAAACAGACACCGAUUCCCUCAUUGCGGAAUUGGAGAAGUUGAAGAAUAGAUCGGAAGAGACGUCUGCACAACAAAAUAUCGAUAUUGAAGAGUUAGACAGCGAGAUACAAAAAUUAAAAGCCGAAGUGGCACAGAUCAAAGCCAAUAAACUAAGAAAGAAGAGGAAGGCCGCCGACACGAACAUACAAGACGAACAAGCGAGCAGCACUUCCACUAGUGACAAAGAAAAGAGGGUACGUCACUGGGACAGCGACAGCAGCGUGGAAGGAGAGGACCGCAGACUGUCCGAGCUGAUAAAACAAAGAAUGAAAAUGAAAAGGAUGGCGAAAACCAACGUUAACAAAUAA